AUGGCGCGAGGCGCACACUCUCCCGCACCCACACUACCGAGGGUCUCCUUCGUCAAAGUCGAGGAUGACUUCUCGAAGAAAGCUGCAGGCGUUCAUGACCAACAGCAGAGGUCGUAUGGGUACAACGACUUCGCCGAGUUCCAGCGUCCAGAUGCAUAUAUUCACUACAUAGAACCUUUGGAGGUCGAGCUGGCUAAACAGGUGGAGUACGAUAUGGACGAGCAAGACCAGGAUUGGCUGGACAACUUGAACACAGAGCGUAGAGCGGCCGGUUUGGAUCGCAUCUCAUACGAAACCUUCGAGAUUGUCAUGGAUCGAUUGGAAAAGGAGUGGUUCCAUCUGACAAAGGACAUACCGAAGCCAGACAUGGUCAUGCCGUCCGAAGAUUCUACGUGCGCUAUUUGUGAUGACUCGGAAGGAGAGAACACGAACGCCAUCGUCUUUUGCGACGGAUGCAAUCUAGCAGUGCACCAAGAUUGCUAUGGAGUGCCAUACAUACCAGAAGGACAAUGGUUGUGCCGUAAAUGCACGGUCUCCCCGGAGAAUCCCGUAAAUUGUGAAUUAUGCCCAAACGAAGGCGGCGCCUUCAAGCAAACUGCUCAUGGGGACUGGGUUCACCUGCUCUGUGCAAUAUGGGUACCGGAGACCAGGGUGGCGAAUGAUGUUUUCAUGGAACCUAUCACGGGCAUGGAAAGGAUCUCCAAGCAGCGAUGGAAAUUGAAAUGCCAGGUAUGCGAUAUCCGGCAGGGCGCCUGCAUCCAAUGCAGCAAGACGUCGUGUUUUCUCGCCUUUCAUGCGACAUGCGCUCGGAAAGAGAAGUUGCUCAUGCCCAUGAAGGCGACAUCUGGCUCUGAACCACCAACACUGCAGUGUUUCUGCGAGAAACAUUUGCCCAGAGAGCAAGCCGAAGCUCGUGCUGCAGCCCUCGCCGCUGAAGAGGAAGACGCCACGACAGAACAUCCUUCCAGUCCAAAGUCAUCAAAGACAGCACGCGCGUAUGCUAAGACAUACAAGCUCGGCCCCCCUCUUGUACCCGCCAUCAUAGUCAGCCAGAUCCUCCAAUACAUCCAUAAGAUCAUUGUCCGCAAGAAGCCUGAGUUUGUGGAGAUGGUAGCGCGAUAUUGGAGUCUAAAGCGCGAGGCGCGGAGAGGCGCACCACUUCUAAAGCGGUUGCACCUGGAGCCCUGGACGGUAUCGGCAGCGAUCAGAAAUCAGACUGAUGAUGAGAAGACGAAGAAACUUGAGCAUAUGAGGCGCCUCAGACAGGAUCUCGAGCAAGUUCGGAUGCUAGCCGAACUCUGCCGCAAACGUGAGAGCAGAAAACUCACCCAGGCAGAGAUUGUGAGAGACUUGCUGUCGAGAGCCUUGCUCCCUCAUGAGCCGAGCUUGCGCGAGGCAUUCCGUCAGAUUACACAGAACGAUCGGUAUGACUUUUUCAAAAAUCCUGUCUCCCGAACGGACGUCCCAGAUUACUUCGACAUCGUCAAGCGUCCUAUGAAUUGGGCCGCCAUCGAGGCCAAGCUAGGUCGCCACGAGUAUUGGGACCUGCAGAUAUUCAAGGACGAUGUCCUUCUAGUCCUUGAUAACGCUAUGCUGUACAACAAACCGGGAACGCCAUACUUCAAAGCUGCCCAAAGAAUCAAGGCAGUAUCUGAACCCAUCUUAGCCAGCCUCAACACUUUAGUGCCGCCUCGCCCGCAGCUUAACGCUGAUAGUAGUGUGGUUCCAGCUGCUGAACAUAUAGACGGCGAAUCUCUAGUGGACAAGAUGGAUGAGGCUUCGCAGCACCGUCAUAUUCCUAUAGGUGACCUUGAGCCCCCGUACCCCGUUCUUGAUUUCUUCGUUUCGGACGAGAUCAAGAAGGAAAGCGAAUUCAUUAUCAACGAAGCACCGAUAGUUUCUAUCUUGAAAUACGAAUUUGGAGAGCUCAAGCCGCCACCACCGCCACCAACACCGAAGCCCAAACGUGAUCGCAAGGCAGACAGAGAGAAGAAACGCUUGGAACGCGAAGCGCAGAGACUCGAUGCCGCGCCCGGCUUCCGAGCCUUGCGGACCAGACGUGGAACCGCCGCUGUCGCGGCAUUCGAGGCAGAAGCUAACGAGUUGCAGGGGGACACAUCUACCUCCGCCGCCCCUUCCGCGAUCCCAAUUCCUCCCCAAGACCUCGCGCCACCCACACACCCCGCUGCAGUAAAGAAGGGCAAGAAACGCGGCGCACCAGUCCUGUUGGGGCACGCAGAACCGCCGAUGGUGAAAGAGGUCGACCCUCAGGCAUCGUUCAAGAUGUUCGACCAGGGCUGGAUCUUGCCUCCGGAUCAGAAACGAGGCGGUCGUUCGGGAGUGGAGAGGGGCCCCGUCCCACCGCCGAAGAAAAAGCUCAAGACGGGCCCGCUUUCCGUGGAGGCCAUUGUGGAGACCGCGGUGGAGACCGUGGCCACGAUUGAUGUGCCAGAACCUCCCGUUGAUCCUGCCCUGCCCAAGGCACCUGCUGAGAUGACCUCGAUUGCGACUUUGCCGGCUCUUACACCAGCACCGUCAAGAGGGAAUUUUCCUCCUGCGAAUGACCACACAGGAGGAGAUGAUGUCGACGGCACGAUCAUCAUUGAAGAACUUGAUACUCCACAGACCCGGAAGGCCAAGUAUCUGCGACGCCGAGCACGUCUAAAUGCCGAGCCGGCCCCGGACGCGCCAAACGCCACAGAGCCUACGACAAGGCAACCUAUCGCAGGUCCUUCUAAGCUACCUGCCGCCAUUGAAGAGUCGGAGCUCAGCUCGCUGAGUGACUCCGACGACGAAGCUGUCAUGCCAAAAAAGACAAGAAAAAAGAAGAGGUCCAGGAGUUCGAUCUCCAUUCGUGCAAAGAAGCCACUGCCCAACUUACCGGGGAAACUGGAAGACGGAAGGAUCCUCGAAGCUGGCACACUUGUAUGGGCGCAAGCUCCCACAUACCCUUGGUGGGCGGCUGUUGUAUUCGAAGCUGACGACCCCGAAGUACCCCCCUUAGUGCUGGAAUCGAAGAAAUUGCCUGCAGCCAGGAGAGCCACACACCUCGUGCGCUUUUACGACAAUGGCAAAUCAUGGCAAUGGUUACCUACGGACAAACUCAGAUUACUGGGCGAAGAUAAAGCGUUGGAUCAAAUGCUUCUGGUUCAUCAAACUUUCAAGAGUACCAAAUCAGAGAUGGAUUGCCACGCAUCAUACAGGCGAGUGAUCGUCUUGAUGAUCUCUAUCCCAUCCGAAACUAAGUGCCCGAUAGCGAAGCGCUGA